AAUAUUGAUUAUUCUGUACCAUUACAGAAAAUCGCUUUAUCUUCAUAAGAAUUAUUACAGAUAAACCUUUUAAUUCAGUUUCUAUAAUCACACUAUAGAAUUGUGAAAAACAUGUUCCUGUUUAAAAUUUGAAAAUAAACGUUUUUAAUGGCUGAAAAUAGAUCCGAUAAUCAAUCAAACCGCAUAAAUAAAAAACGGCCUACAAAUUCACUAGAAAAACACAUACGUUUGCCUAGACAACCAAGAAAACCUGAAAAAGGUGAUAAUAUAUUGUAUAUAUCUACCAAAACAAAUAUUAAGGCACAAUUAAGUAGAUGUAACAAAUUAAUACAUAAUAAUGAGUCUGAAAUUAUUAUUUACUGUAUGGGAGCCGCAAUCCAAAGAGGAAUUUUGUUAGCAUUACAAUUAUGUGAAGAACAUACAACUUACAAAAUAUCUACCAAUACCAUCACCACAGAACUACUAGAUGAUUUGGAGCCAUCAGUAGAUGAGGCAGAUUAUGAAAUACAAAAAAGAUUUAAUUCAGCUUUAAGAAUAAGAAUAUUUAACUGUCAUCCUAUUAAAUCUACAUCAUCCUGAAAUGUUUUUUACUACGGAUGAACUAAUUCGCUGGUUGGGAAUUACUGUAUUUGAAUUAUGGGUCAACUUGAUUGCUCUUUUCAGUUUCACCAUACUUUUUGUGUUAAAGUAUGAUCCUCUUUUGGAAGUGGAAAAUAUAUCUUGGUGGUUUAUAUUCACCCCUUUAUUUAUGGGAGAUGCACUUAAUGCAUAUUUUGUUAUUAUAAUAUUUAUACGUAUGUUAUUAGAGACUACUUUGAAAUUUUCUUUAAUAAGAUUAAGUUGGUCUGGUACUGUCCUUCUUAUGACAUUUUUGUUUAAAUAUUUAUUGUGUAAGAGACUUCUAGGACAAACUACAUUGGAUUAUUCGGAAGUUUUUGCCCCUUUGUAUAUUCUUCUCCAAUUAAUAGCUGUAAGAGCAUGUCAACAAAAUUAAUGUGAGUUUUGUUUAAUAAAUAUUUUGCUAUGUG